GGAUAUUAGAAUAUAAGUCGCCAUCUGACGGUUCCUCCAGCAAAGUCUUAGAAUGAACGCAAACCUCUUUCCGCAAUCCUAUUUUCGAGGUUCUGUGGAUCGGUUACCCAUCUGUUUCGCAUUUCGUCUUUUCGUGGGUCGUGAAUGUUUUAAAGUAUCACGUUUUAAGCGAGUUUUGAGUUAACUUACUACGAAGUUAGAGGUAUG